GAGAAUAAACUAUUGAAACAAAUAGAACUUUUAAAUAAAAAUGAUAAAAAUCGGAAACAUCCAAAUAAUGAUUGCAUUGAGCAAGAAAACCUAAAAUUUUAUAAAAUUGAUGAAACAGAUGAUAAUGUAAAAAUGAAUGAUUCGAAUGAUAAUGAUCAUGAUCAGAUUAAAAAUCUCUUAAAUGAAUUACGUAGUUCAGAAAAUAUGAAAAAUUUAGUGGAUUGUUUUUAA